AUGGUCAGCCUCAAGGAACUGGCCCGCGCCGACGCGGAGCGCGUCCCGCCGGAGUGGCUGCGCCGGCUGCUGGAGGCGACGUUCUUCGACGCGUGCCCCGAGCACCCGGGCGCGAGCCGCGCGACGCGUAGUGCCGGCUGCAACCUCUUCUGCACCCGCUGCACCGGCCGGCCGCUCUGCUCCGUCUGCGUCUCCGACCACCCCGGCCACCAACUCAUCCAGGUCCGGAAGUCGUCGUACCACGACGUGGUGAAGGUGGCGGAGGUGGAGCACCUGCUGAGCCUGUCGCUGGUGCAGACGUACCUCAUCAACGGCGAGAAGGUGGUGUUCCUCAACCGGCGGCCCAUAUCGGGGCAGGGGAAGCCCGGCGCGUCCAGGUGCGAGGGGUGCGACAGGGGACUCCAGGACGACGCCUGCCGCUUCUGCUCGCUGCGAUGCAAGCUUGAAGCAUUGGAGUGGGAUUUCGACGUGUCAUUCGCUGUCAGUCCCGAAAGCGAUAGCGAAUCAGGAGGAGACGGGUCAGGAUCAGACGGCGAUUCGUCCCGCCUGACCAAGAUCCGGAAGCUCGGAACCGUAUCAAGAUCGUCCGGGAGCUUCGCUGCUGGAGGAAACAUGACGUUUUCACUAGUACAAAUUGGUUAA